AUAUUUUUAGAUACAGCGACGUUACCUGUUGAAGUGCCGUGCAGGUAUGAGCUCGGUUGCUGGGAGGUUUUCUGGUUCUCGAUCGGGUCCUCGAGUCCAACUGUUGUGUGAUUACAGGCCAGGAAACUUACUGAGAGUGUAACUGCUAUAACUAUCAAUGGGGGACUCUGAGCGCAUCGUGCUUACCAGCCUAGCCGGGUACGGUGCUUGGGACCAGCCAGUGCCCGCUGCAAGGCGUGCCGGCGAUUCCCGGCACGUCCGGCCACCAGGUGUCAAGCGGGUGCGGUCAGAGGCCGACUGCCCCGAUGCAAAGCGCCGGGCAUCGCACUACGGUGACGUCGAAUCGCGGCAGCAUUGCACGGGCAGCCCUACUGCUACCUCCACCGUCACCACGACUGCACGUGAUGACACCAGCAGGCACCGCCACGACAACAACAACUCUUUGCACUGGUCAUGCAGUACUGGCGAGCGGCCUUGUCGAAGUGUCAACGAGUACGAAUGCCUGAAUCGCAUCGAAGAGGGAACGUACGGUGUCGUAUUCCGGGGACGAGAGCGAGCUACUGGUGCCAUUGUUGCACUAAAGAGGAUCAAAGUGGAGCAGGAACGCAACGGCUUUCCCAGCACCGCCCUGCGUGAAGUGAGCAUUCUGCUGGGACUACGACAUGCUAACAUUGUGCAGGUCAAGGAGGUCGUGGUGAGUGCUGAUCCGGUGAAGGUCUUUCUGGUGAUGGAGUAUGUGGAGCAUGACCUGAAGACUCUGAGCAACUCAAUGCGAGAUGGCUUCCUCAUGGGCGAGAUCAAGACAUUGAUGCUGCAGUUGCUCAGUGCAGUGGCGUAUCUGCACGACAACUGGGUCAUGCAUCGCGAUCUGAAGCCCUCCAAUCUGCUACUCAGUCACAAGGGCGUGCUCAAGGUCGGGGACUUUGGCUUGGCCAGGGAGUACUGCAACCCACCCAAAGCCUACACGCCUGUUGUCUGCACCCUGUGGUAUCGUGCGCCGGAGGUCCUGCUUGGUGAUGAGAUGUACACAACAGCAAUUGACGUGUGGUCAGUCGGCAGCAUAUUUGCCGAGCUGGUGCAGAAGCGCCCGCUUUUCGAAGGCUCGUCGCAAAUAACGCAGAUCCAGCAAAUAUUCAAGUUGCUGGGAACGCCGAGCGAAAAGAUCUGGCCAGGUUGGAGCAACCUACGAAUUGUGAAGACCGUGACGUUUGCCGUUGAGCCGUACAAUCGUCUGACCUCGAAGGCAUCGCUUGCCAAGCUCUCGCAGAGCGGUUUUAAGUUGCUCAACCACUUGCUGACGUAUGAUCCACGCAAGCGCGCCACUGCCAAGGAGGCACUCAGCUCCGAGUUCUUUGAGGAAUCGCCUCUUCCUGUCGACUCGUCGCUGUUCCCGACUUGGCCAGCCAAGUCAGAGCUGGCCAAGGGCGUGUAUCGCUCGGGGAGCCCCGGCAGAUCGCAAGGUCGCAACCAGUCUAUGCCACAAGCGGCUGGUUCUACGGAUUCUCGCUUUAGAUUCAAGUAACAGCAUCAGCUGGAUGAUGGUGUGCAGUCAUAUGGAUAUGUUACCACCCAAGAUCACUACAGGCUUUGCUCCACCUUCAUACUCCGUAUCCGCCCGCCAUCUGGAAUUCAUCCUACGCUGGCCUAUGACAUCAGUGCCGUGCAAACGCUCAAUGGCGAGAACUAAUUUGCCACCGGAGAUGACAUCGUGCCGAGCGUGUGGAGUUGCCAUGGCAAGACCUGGGCAUGUUUAGACCAUGGCUUAACAUGGCCUGCAACAUGAUGGGCCAUCUAGCGUGUAUCUGCGAUGUGUUCGGUUUGGAAUGUACCAGUGGUCAUGGGCAUGCCUCGUAUUGUUCCAAAGUACAAUUGUACUGAUAUGAUAAAGUUCCAAGUGCUGAUAUGUCCUCGCGCACCUGAAAGGCUCUCCACGUCCACACCGACUUUUCGUGAAAGCCCCGGCACGCUGCUGCUGACACUGCUGAACAGAAUACAUGCAGACCUGUGUGCACCCCUGUGCUAUGCCUGCAACAGGGACAUUCCAUUGAGGUAGCUGUGUUGGCCGUCCAUGCCAUAAUACCAUCCCAACAGUGAGUGCUUCCUACUCGUACGGUGUCAGGCGUCGCUGCAAGUCCAGUGCGUGUUGUUGGUAUGCCCAGCGUGCUCUGCUCGUCCUCAGGUUACAGUAUUAGUUGGCGACACAUGCACAGUUGGUAGCGAUGAGCUUGUCCAGCUGCAUGCUUCCACCAGCUUCGGUCGGUGCGUGACGUGCCCAAGACGGUAUAUCUACAGUCACAUCCAGUAACAGUGUUUGUGCACGUGUGAAGAUGCUGCAGGGCAUCCGUACGUUGUGCAGGUGCUGCAGUGCAUCCGUACGUUGUGCAGGGGCACUUGUGUAUACUAUCACUCAGUCAUGCACUCUGCUGGCACCGGAAAACCUGUACUGCCCCCAGUCACUGGUAUCCUACGACUGCCCCUGCUUAGUCCAGUGAGUGCAGGGCAAUUGUGUGGAGUAAGCCGUGCACACUGCUGGCAUAUGGAUUGAAAAGAACCUGUGCUGCGCUCAAUGAUCACAUGCAGUCACUGACAACGGCAUUCUGCUUUGUCUAUCCAGUGCAGAUUACCAUCAGGAAGCCUACCCCCCCCCCCCCCCUCUUUCUCUCUCCCUUGCAGGAGGUUGUUUUGCUGUACAAGUACUAGGAGUAGCAGAGCUCACUUAUAGUGUAGAUAUACCUGCUUACAAACGCAGCAUUGCCUCUAAUAGUUUAUGCCACUGAUAUGCUUUUGCCUUCAAUUUGGCGCUAUUAUGAAGUCAUCGCCGAUGUUGUUCUCGCUCUCUGUGCGUCUAUCACUUUGCAUUGUCCUCGAGAGUCUGGACAGCGUCACUAUGGUUUUGUGUGAACAGUGAAAUGCUUGCUUGCCGUAUGAAGGUGCACAGUAA